ACUGGAGGUGGAUAAAAGGGAAGAGGCAGAUGGAUAAUUACUUCAAUGUUCUUAAUGCCUUCAUUGACAAAAAAGACAGCUACUACUCCAUUCACCAGAUAGCCCAAAUGGGAGUUGGAGAAGGAAAAUCCAUAGGUCAGUGGUAUGGACCAAACACAGUUGCACAAGUGCUCAAAAAACUUGCAACUUUUGAUACAUGGAGUUCACUGGCAGUACACAUAGCCAUGGACAACACAGUAGUGAUGGAGGAAAUCAGGCGGCUGUGCCAGUGGAACCUCCCAUGUGCUGGAGCUGCAGCAUGCUCCUCUGUGGAGCCAGAUGUGCUCUACAACGGGUACCCAGAGGAGGCAGGGGUUAGGGAGAGGCUCUCACUGUGGAAACCACUGGUGCUGCUGAUACCCCUCCGCCUGGGGCUCACGGAGAUCAAUGAAGCCUAUAUUGAAACACUAAAGCACUGCUUCAUGAUGCCCCAGUCUCUGGGAGUGAUCGGAGGGAAACCAAACAGUGCUCACUACUUCAUUGGCUAUGUGGGUGAGUGA